AUGGAGAAGAAUGGGAGUAAAAUGAGAGAAAAUGGUAUAAAAUGGAUUGGGAUUAUGCCGUUACCCAACGGCAUUAUUUUGGAGGAUUGGGGCGGCACACCCGGCUGGAGCUCGCCGGUUGUGAUGCUUGCCGGGCCAGGGGGGCGUCUAACAAACGGAUAUGUGAAAAAGUACACAAAUCUUAAUUUAGAUUGGGUCAAAUAUCUUGGAAUUGUUAUCGGCAGUGAUGAAGCCCGUAACACAUCACAAGUGGUUGAACUUUUAGAGUGGCUUUCAGCUAUAGGCUUGAAAAAGAUCUGCCUUUAUGACCAAGAAGAUGCAAUUUGUGCCGUAGAGGCAGAUCCCGAUCUUUUAUUAAUUUAUGGCUGGCCAGUGAGGUGCCAUCUUGGUUUUCCAGCAUGGCGAAUUCGUUACACAGAGAUGGCGUAA